AUGGAUACCGCCAAAUCAUCGGUCAGGGUUAAUCCAAAGCCUAUCAACGUCUUCUAUGUCUGGUACACCGAGUUAUGUCGUCGUUCGAACUGUACCCCAGCGCCUGCUGUGAAACCCGCCAAGCCGAAAUGUCAGACGGUCUUGGAAUUCUUUGCUGACCGCCUGAAAGUCGAAGAGUGGAACCCAAUCAUAGGAGCGCUCAAACAUGAUACUAGCCUUCAUGUGAUUAGUAUAAAAGGUAGGAUCAACAACUGCCAGUUUCUACAUGAUGUCGACACCGAAGAGAAGGCUAAAAACAUGAAGAGGCGGUUCGGUUCUCUAUGGACAGCGUAUGUUCUUCAGCAGCUUCUCAAAUCGAUAUCCAACUCCCUGAAGCAUACCCAAGUCUUGACGUGCUUAGAGCUAGAUGGUUUACCGAUGUUCACUGGAUAUAUCGAGCCUCUGCUUCUCGCUCUUAAGAAGAAUAGGUCACUCAAGACGCUUUCAUUCUCCAACAGCCCUAUCGGUGACCAUGGAUGCGAGUUAAUUUGUGCUCAUCUAAGGUAUAUACCUAAUGUAGAAAUAAUCAAUCUAUCAGGAUGUGGGUUAACGUCAAAAAGUGGAGAGCAAUUAGCAAAACUAAUCAAAUACCAGCAGAUCAAUAGGUAUUGCGAAAGUUGGCAUAACUCCUUGAGAUAUGAAGACCCACACAUGGCUAAUAUGCGAGGUUUAAGGAGAAUAAUGAUAAACUGCAAUCCAGAUUUCAGCGAUGCAGGAUUUGAACCUAUCCUGGAAGAAAUGCAGGAUGAUCUAUGGAUAAAAGCUUUAGAUCUGCAAAAGUGUGGUCUCACGGAAAAUAUAUCUCAAAAGCUGAUAGACACCAUACACUACAGUAGAUCAUUAGAAAUCGUAGAUGUACGACAUAACCCAGAUCUCAGUAUGGAAACGAUAGAAAAAGUUCUGCAACUACUUCGAGAUCGACAUCAACAGCUUGGAAACCACUCGGAAUACCAGUGGUGCACCACCGCUGCAACAAUCAUGUGGAACUCGAUAUCUGACUCCGUUUCAAGAUUCUCAUUGGUACCGAACAGCGUCCAUAAGUCAAGGUCAGCCCCGAUGAGAUCCUUAACAUCAAAACUCAGCAGUCAUCAGCCGGUAAGGAAGUCUAAGACUGUGGACAAUAUUAAAAAUGGCGUGACUCAGGAUAAUGAGAAGAAGCUUCUGGAAUUGAACACGAAAUUGAAGAUGGAAGUUCAAAGGCGGAAAGAAAUAGAGAAGUGCAACGAAGAGUUGAAGCAAAAGUUAGAGCAAAUACAAAACUCGAUCAAAAUUCCGAACGGACACAACAAAAAGACGAAAGUGGUCGUCAGUGAAGCAAAUGCUAGAAGUCGUCUCAGCAAGAUGUCAAAGAAAAUAGACGAACGCAAAAGCGUAGAGAAUUAUAAAAAAAUAUCCCAAAGUGUGAACGGGCACACCAACGGCUUUUCUUCAAAGAUAAUAGACGGUGCCUACAAAAUUUUCGAGACACUGCUGAAUAAAGAAGCGCCUGCUGAAGAGACGGACUCGGAUGACCUAAAUUGUGAGGUGACAACCAGAGGUAGAUUAUGCACAACAACUGGAAGUGUUUCAGACAGCGACGUAUCGCUAUACACAUACAUGGAAGAAAUAAAAAAUAGUAAUUACAGUCAAACACUGAGCUCCGGCUCGAAAUGUGCCGCCAAAAAUGGAGUAAAAAAGAAACAGAAACGUUGA